AUGGACAGUAGCACCUGGAGCCCCGCGACCACUGCCACCGCCGAGCCCCUCAAGUCCUACGAGCGCAUCCGCAAUGCGGCCGACAUCUCUGUCAUCGUCGUCUACUUCGUGGUGGUGAUGGCUGUCGGGCUGUGGGCCAUGUUCUCCACUAAUCGUGGGACUGUUGGAAGCUUCUUCUUGGCAGGACGAAGUAUGGUGUGGUGGCCGAUUGGAGCCUCUCUGUUCGCCAGUAACAUCGGAAGCGGCCACUUUGUGGGACUGGCGGGAACAGGAGCAGCUGCAGGCAUCGCUAUUGGGGGCUUUGAAUGGAACGCCCUUUUUUUGGUGGUUGUGCUGGGCUGGGUGUUUGUCCCCAUUUACAUUAAGGCAGGGGUGGUGACGAUGCCAGAGUACCUGCGGAAGCGAUUUGGAGGCAAUCGGAUCCAGGUCUACCUCUCUGUUCUGUCCCUGUUGCUGUACAUUUUCACCAAGAUCUCGGCAGACAUCUUCUCCGGGGCCAUAUUCAUCAACCUGGCCUUGGGCCUAAAUCUGUACCUGGCCAUCUUUAUCUUACUGGUAAUCACUGCCCUUUACACAAUCACAGGGGGCCUGGCGGCUGUGAUUUACACGGACACCUUGCAGACGGUGAUCAUGCUGGUGGGGUCUUGUAUCCUGACUGGGUUUGCUUUUCAUGAAGUGGGAGGGUAUGAUGCCUUCAUGACGAAAUACAUGAAUGCCAUUCCAACUGUGAUUUCUGAUGGAAACACCACCAUCAGGAAAGAAUGCUACACCCCAAGGCCUGACUCCUUCCACCUCUUCCGAGAUCCCCUCAAGGGAGACCUACCAUGGCCUGGGCUCAUCUUUGGGUUGUCCAUCCUCGCCCUGUGGUACUGGUGCACAGAUCAGGUCAUUGUGCAGCGGUGCCUCUCGGCCAAAAACAUGUCACAUGUGAAGGCCGGCUGCAUCAUGUGUGGAUACCUGAAGCUGCUGCCCAUGUUCCUCAUGGUGAUGCCAGGGAUGAUCAGCCGCAUCCUAUACACAGAAAAAGUUGCCUGCACUGUCCCCUCGGAGUGUGAGAAAUAUUGCGGCACCAAGGUUGGCUGUACCAACAUCGCCUACCCGACCUUGGUGGUGGAGCUCAUGCCCAAUGGACUUCGAGGCCUGAUGCUGUCAGUCAUGUUGGCCUCUCUCAUGAGCUCUCUGACCUCCAUCUUCAACAGCGCCAGCACCCUCUUCACUAUGGACAUCUACACCAAGAUCCGGAAGACAGCAUCUGAGAAAGAGCUCAUGAUUGCAGGAAGGUUGUUCAUGCUGGUGCUGAUUGGCAUCAGCAUUGCCUGGGUCCCCAUUGUGCAGUCAGCACAAAGUGGGCAGCUCUUUGAUUACAUCCAGUCCAUCACCAGUUACUUGGGACCACCCAUUGCAGCUGUCUUCCUGCUUGCUAUUUUCUGCAAGAGAGUCAAUGAGCAGGGAGCCUUUUGGGGACUGAUCAUUGGAUUUGUGAUUGGCGUGUCCCGUAUGAUUGCUGAGUUUGCCUAUGGAACUGGGAGCUGCAUGGAGCCCAGCAACUGUCCCACAAUUAUCUGUGGUGUGCACUACUUGUACUUUGCCAUCAUCCUCUUUGUCAUUUCUCUCAUCAUCAUCCUGGCUGUCUCCCUCUUCACCAAGCCCAUUCCAGAUGUGCAUCUCUACCGCCUGUGCUGGAGCCUGCGUAACAGCAAAGAGGAGCGUAUUGACCUGGAUGCAGGAGAGGAGGACAUUCAAGAAAUCCCAAAGGAGACCAUUGAAAUUGACACAGAAGUUCCUGAGGAGAAAAAAGGAUGCUUCAGGCGGGCCUAUGACCUGUUUUGUGGUCUGGACCAGCAGAAGGGCCCCAAAAUGACAAAGGAAGAGGAGGCAGCCAUGAAGCUGAAGAUGACAGACACCUCGGAGAAGCCUUUGUGGCGGACGAUAGUGAACAUCAAUGGCAUUAUCCUGCUGACCGUGGCCGUCUUCUGUCAUGCGUAUUUUGCCUGA